GCCUUGAUAGAGCAAACCAAUUUUUUUUUAUUCUCUUGUUUCCACUUGGUAUCCUCCCUCUCUCUUUCCCUACCGACGAACCAUGGAACUUGUUGCAGAGGCUGUUCUUUCUGUCUCCCUUGAAGCUUUGUUUAGCCAACUGGGCUCCCCUGAUCUUCUCAAGUUUGCACGCCAAGAGAAAAUCCACGCCGAGCUCGAAAUAUGGGAGAAAAAAUUAUUGGAGAUUCAUGAAGUGCUGAAUGACGCGGAGGAGAAGCAGAUCACGAAGAAGUCGGUGAAAACGUGGCUGGGCGAUCUGAGGGAUUUGGCUUAUGACAUGGAGGACAUCUUGGAGGAGUUUGCCUACGAAGCUUUAAGAAGAAAAAUGAUGGCGGAAGCUGAUGGUGAAGGCCGCACAAGCAAGGUACGCAAGUUCAUCCCUACCUGUUGUACUAGUUUCACUCCAAUUGAGGCUAUGCGUAAUGUUAAGAUGGGGUCCAAGAUUAAGGAGAUGGCUACCCGAUUGGAAGCUAUUUAUGCCCAAAAGGCUGAGCUUGGUUUGGACAAGGUGGCUACUAUAACCCAGUCUGCUUGGGAAAGGCCACUCACUACAUCUCUGGUAUACGAACCUUGGGUUUAUGGCAGGGAUGCUGAUAAACAGAUUAUAAUCGAUAUGCUGCUUAGGGAUGAGCCCAUUGAAACCAAUGUUUCUGUAGUUUCCAUCGUGGCCAUGGGUUGUAUGGGCAAGACCACACUAGCAAGGUUGGUGUACGAUGAUGUUAAGACAGCCAAGCAUUUUGAUCUAAAGGCCUGGGUUUGUGUAUCAGAUCAGUUUGAUGCAGUGAGAAUAACCAAGACAAUUCUCAACUCCGUCGAUUCUCAGAGCAGUACCGAUUCACAGGACUUCAAUCAAAUUCAAGACAAAUUGAGGGAGAAAUUGAAGGGAAAAAAAUUUCUGCUGGUUCUAGAUGAUAUGUGGAAUGACGACUAUGGUGAUUGGUGUUGCUUGCAGUCUCCCUUUUUGUUGGGUUCACGAGGCAGCAAAAUCAUAGUCACGACACGGAGUAAGAAGGUCGCAAAUAUGAUGGAAGGAGAUAAGAACUUGCACGAGCUACAAAAUUUAUCAGAUGAUGAGUGUUGGUCGGUGUUCAAGAAACAUGCAUUUGGAAAUAGCAGCAUUGAUGAGCAUUCCAAUUUGGCAUUGAUCGGCAAGGAAAUUGUGAGAAAGUGUGGAGGUUUGCCUUUGGCAGCAACAGCACUCGGUGGUCUUCUACGCCAUGAACAGAGAGAAGAUAAGUGGAAUGUUAUUUUGACUAGCAAAAUAUGGGAUUUACGAUGCGGUAUUCUUCCUGCAUUGAGAUUAAGUUAUAAUCACCUCCCUUCUCCUCUGAAGAGAUGUUUCAGUUAUUGUGCAAUAUUUUCGAAAGACUAUGAAUUUGAUAAGAGAGAAUUGAUUCGCUUAUGGAUGGCAGAGAGUCUAAUUCAACGAUCAGAAUGUUAUGGGCAACAAAUCGAAAUUGAAGAUUUAGGCGAUGACUACUUCCAGGAAUUGUUGUCUCGAUCAUUUUUUCAACCAUCAAGUAGCAAUAAAUCCCAAUUCGUAAUGCAUGAUCUCGUUAACGAUUUAGCAAAAUUUGUUGGUGGAGAAAUAUGUUUUUCUUUGGAAGAGAAUUUGGAAGGUAAUCAGCAGCAAACUAUUUCUAAAAAGGCUCAUCAUUCAUCAUUCCUUCGUGGCCAAUACGAUGUCUUCAAAAAGUUUGAAGCCUUUUAUGGGAUGGAGUAUUUGCGUACAUUUAUUGCAUUACCAAUUCAUGUAUCAAGCCCUUAUAAUUGGUUAAGCAACAAGGUACUUGAGGAAUUGAUGCCCAAGCUAAGACGCCUAAGGGUGCUUUCAUUGAGUGGUUACUGGAUAAGUGAGAUACCAAGUUCAGUUGGUGAUUUGAAACAUCUUAGGUAUCUUAAUUUAUCCGGAACGAGAGUUAAGUGGUUACCUGAUUCAAUAGGUAACUUCUAUAACUUAGAAACAUUAAUAUUAUCAUAUUGUUCGAAGCUUAUUAGGUUGCCUUUGAGCAUUGAGAACCUAAAUAAUCUUCGACACCUUGAUGUGACUAAUACAAAUCUAGAAGAAAUGCUUCCACAAAUUUGCAAAUUAAAAAGCUUGCAAGUAUUGUCUAAUUUUAUUGUGAGUAAAGACAAUGGUUUGAACAUAAAGGAGUUAAGGAAUAUGUCCCAUCUUCAAGGGCGACUUUGCAUUUCAAACUUGGAAAAUGUAGCAAAUGUUCAAGAUGGAAGGGUUGCUAGUCUAAACAAGAAGGAGAAGCUUGAAGAAUUGACGAUAGUAUGGAGUGCUAGGUUGGAUGAUUCACACAAUGCAAGGAAUCAAAUAGAUGUACUUGACUCUUUACAACCACACUUCAAUUUGAACAAACUGAAAAUUAAGAAUUAUGGUGGUCCAGAAUUUCCCCGUUGGAUAGGAGAUGUUUCAUUCUCUAAGAUGGUGAAUGUAUAUCUAGUGAAUUGCAGAAAUUGCACAUCUUUACCGUGUUUGGGGUGGUUACCCAUGCUCAAACACGUAAGGAUUGAAGGGUUGAAUGAAGUUAAAAUUGUGGGUAGAGAGUUUUAUGGAGAGACUUGUCUUCCCAAUAAGCCUUUCCCGUCCUUAGAGUCUCUAUCUUUUUCGGAUAUGUCACAAUGGGAAGAUUGGGAGAGUCCAACUUUAUCAGAGCCAUAUCCUUGUCUCCUUCACCUUAAAAUCGUAAAUUGCCCCAAAUUAAUCAAGAAGUUACCCACUAACCUACCGUCCCUUGUACAUCUCUCAAUUUGGAGAUGCCCACAGUUGGUGUCUCCAGUUGAAAGGCUUCCAUCUCUUUCUAAGUUACAAGUAGAAGAUUGCAAUGAGGCGGUACUAAGGAGUGGAUUGGAAUUGCCUUCACUCACCGAGUUAGGAAUGGAUAGAAUGGUAGGGCUCACCAGAUUACAUGAAGGUUGUAUGCGAUUGUUGUCGGGGCUUCAAGUUUUAGACAUUUGUGGUUGUGAUGAAUUGACGUGUUUGUGGGAAAAUGGAUUUGAUGGUAUUCAGCAGUUGCAAACUAGCAGUUGUCCCGAGCUUGUAUCCUUGGGAGAAAAGGAAAAGCACGAGCUGCCUAGCAAGCUUCAAUCUUUGAAAAUUAGGCGGUGUAAUAACCUAGAGAAGCUUCCAAAUGGAUUGCACAGGCUAACAUGUCUUGGAGAGUUGGAAAUCUAUGAUUGUCCAAAGCUGGUGUCAUUUCCAGAGUUGGGGUUCCCGCCCAUGCUUAGACGUCUUGUUAUUGAUAGUUGUGAAGGUCUACGAUGUCUACCUGAUUGGAUGAUGGUGAUGAAGGAUGGUAGUAAUAACGGUAGCGACGUGUGUCUCCUUGAAUACUUGAGAAUAGAUACGUGUCCAUCUCUCAUUGGUUUUCUAGAAGGUGAGUUACCUACCACGCUCAAGGAAUUCAUCAUAUAUGACUGUGAAAAGCUAGACUCUCUACCGGGGGGAAUGAUGCACCAUGAUUCCAACACCACCACCACCACCACCACCACCACCACCAGUGAUGGUCUUCAUGUCUUGAACAUUGAGAAAUGCCCAUCUCUCACAUUCUUCCCCACAGGCAAGUUUCCCUCCACCCUUAAGAAACUUGCGAUUUGGGAUUGUGCACAACUGGAGUCGAUUUCAGAGGAGAUGUUUCACUCCAGUAAUAGUUCACUUGAAUAUUUGAGUAUCUCGUCGUAUCCCUGUCUCAAAAUUGUAUCAGAUUGCCUCUACAAGCUCAGAGAACUGAAGAUUAAUAAUUGUGAGAAUGUGGAGCUUCAACCUUAUCAUCUGCAAAACCUCACUGCUCUUACAUCACUUUCUAUCUCUAAUUGUGAGAAUAUCAAGACGCCCCUAUCCCGAUGGGGCCUUGCCACACUUACCUCUCUUAAAAAACUCAUCAUUGGUGGCAUAUUUCCACAAGUUGCCUCCUUUUCAGAUGAUCAAAGACUAUCGAUUCUUCCUACAACCCUCACCUUUUUUUCCAUUAAAGAUUUCCCAAAUCUGAAAUCUCUGUCCUCCCUGGCUCUCCAAACCCUCACCUCACUUGAGGAGCUAUGGAUCCAACGUUGCCCUAAGCUUCAGUCGCUUUGCCCAAGGGAAGGGCUGCCUGACACGCUUUCACAACUACGUAUCAGAGACUGCCUACUCCUAAAACAAAGGUGCUCAAAGGGUAAAGGACAAGAUUGGCCCAACAUCGCCCACAUUCCCUGUGUGGAAAUAGAUCGUGAAUACCUCUUUUAGCAAUAAUAAGUUGAGGGAUUGCAGAACACAGAAGUAAACACCAUUCAACACUCUCCCAUCUUUACAUUAAACAAGGAAGUGGCUUUUGAAAUGGCUUGUAGCUUGAUUUUCUCUUCAAUUUGCCACAAUUCUAGUUCUCAGUGACCAUUGAAGUUGAAGAGGUGAUAUGUGAUCCUUACAACAAUAAAAAGGAUAAGAGAGGAUCCAUUUAUUCCAUUCAAGGGCAAGUGGAAUAUUUAUCAAUAGCCACUGAGUUCAGGCUGACAUACAGAGGAGGCUAUACUAGAAGCAAAUGUAGUUUAUUAAAGUUCAAUCAUUGUGGUUCUCAAAGAGGAUGGCUCUCCUUAAUACCAAAGACUUCAAAGUAUGGAGUGAAUGCGGUGUUGUUCCC